AUGUACUACGGCAACGAAUGCGAGAUGUGCGAUCGCGAGUUUGGUAGCCAGCAAGCCGCCAUUCAGCACAUGGAUGCACUUGACCACUGGGCCUCACGAUUCGAAUGUGACACAUGCGAUCGAGAGUUCUUUACCCAACGUUCCGCGGAUCAGCAUAUGGACGACAAAGGACACUGGGAGCCCCAGUUCGGGUGUGAGACUUGUGACAAGAGAUUUCGUUCUCAAUUGUACGCUAAUCAGCACAUGAACGCUUUGAAUCAUUACAAGCGACACUGCUGUUGUGAUUGCGCAAAGACGUUCCAGAGCGAAAAUGCCUUGAGAAUGCACUUGAACUCCAGCUCCCACCGCGGGAAGAAUGUUGCGUGUCCCCUUUGCAAAACAGCUUUCACCUCGGCUAGCGGCCUUUCGCAUCAUCUUGAGACCAGCUCAUGUCCACAAGCCGGGAAUCUCAAUUACAGAACGAUCUUCCAGGCCAUUAGUCUACGGGAUUGCAAUGGCUUGUUGACAAACAAGCUCCUCACUUACCCGGAUUUUGGCACACAGAAUGUCGCAUCAAGCGCAGCUUGGAACGACUCUAACUAUGAAUGCUACCUCUGCCACCGAGAGUAUAAUACUCUUCAAGCACUGAACCAGCAUUUAAAUUCGCCGGCUCAUAGCGAGAAGCUGUAUCAUUGCCCGAACCGCAGCUGCAAUCAUCAAUUUAGCUGCCUGGCAUCGCUUUUCAAUCAUCUUGAAAGUGAGAGCUGUAAAUUCGUGCGAUUUGAAAAGGUUCAGAAGCAGGUCCCCAAUUUCAUUACAGGGCAACAGAAGUUCAUUGGCUUUUUAUAAGUGGACAGCGACUUGGCUGGGAAGAAUUUGUAUAAUUUCCUGUCGGAUAACUACGUCUGAAGUCAACCCACGCGUUGUUGUU